GAUCCCCCAACACCACCAUGUCAUAACCACCACCCCAAUGCCAACCCAUUCAUAAUCCUCUACAAAUCUCGACCUCGCAUACUCCCAUACAACUACCAACUCGCCUCCAUCGAUUGACCAUCCACCGUCACAUGCAUGUCGGCCGGGGGAGAACACCUCAAGGAUGAGGGCACACGACGCCAAGUCGUCCUGGCAGGUGGAAUUGCCGGUCUUGUGUCACGAUUCUGCGUCGCGCCCCUCGACGUCGUCAAAAUCCGCCUCCAGCUCCAAAUCCACUCCCUCUCCGACCCAAUCUCCCAUCACAAUGUAACCGGUCCAAUCUACAAGGGGACCCUCUCCACGAUGAGAGCAAUCAUCCGCCAAGAGGGUAUCACAGGCCUAUGGAAAGGCAACAUCCCCGCCGAACUAAUGUACGUCUGUUACGGAGUCAUCCAAUUCAGCGCCUACCGAACAACCACCCAAGCGCUCGCACAACUCGAUCCGCAUCGCCUCCCUCCAUCCCUGGAAUCCUUUGUCGCCGGCGCAGCUGCAGGCGGCCUUGCUACGGCAUCCACGUACCCGUUAGAUCUACUGAGGACGCGCUUCGCUGCGCAGGGCACGGACCGGGUCUAUACCUCGUUGUUUUCGUCGGUCAGGGAUAUCGCCCGGAAUGAAGGGUAUAGGGGUUUUUUCCGGGGCUGUAGUGCUGCGGUGGGGCAGAUUGUACCAUAUAUGGGGUUGUUCUUUGCGACGUAUGAGACGCUGCGGCCGCCGCUGGCGCAGUAUCAGGAUCUGCCUUUUGGCUCCGGGGAUGCGGCGGCGGGAGUGAUUGCGAGUGUGUGUUCGAAGACGGUCAUGUUUCCGUUGGAUUUGAUACGGAAGAGACUGCAGGUGCAAGGUCCGACGCGCCAUUUGUACAUCCAUCGCAAUAUCCCCGAGUACCAAGGCGUGUUCAACACAAUGGCGCUGAUUCUACGGACUCAGGGUGUGCGGGGACUUUAUCGCGGCUUGACUGUCAGCCUGUUCAAGGCUGCUCCCGCCAGCGCAGUGACCAUGUGGACCUAUGAGACUUCUCUGCGGCUGCUCCAGGAUAUGAACGUGGCUACGAGCAAGGACGAUUGA